CAAGUUUGGCCCUGAAAAUUGGGCAUUCUCUCAGAAAGAUAAGUGACCUCAUGAUGUGUCGUGCCCUCAUGGAAGAGGACCAAGAGGGGAUCGAUUCCAUCAAGAGGUUUCAUACACUUCAGAAAACAAAGUGGUCUGAAUUAGUUUCCCAUUCUGCCUUAUCAAACCUGAGCGAGGCCAAAUGCAACAAGAGCACCAGGCUUCCACUGGCCAAAGACGUUCAGAAGAUACAGUUACAUCUUGGUCAGCAAGUGGAAUUGGCUAAGGAGAAACUAGCCGAUAAUCCAGGUGAAGUGGCGCGAAUGACUGUAAAAAAUGUUGAAGAUCGUGACAUGUCACAACUUAACGAUGACAUAAGCACUGGGCUUACAGAAGUUGAGAGGAGACUUUGCAAACAAUUCGCCAGAGUGGAAUUGAGGGGGGAAAAAGGACGAAAUGUUGCGGUGAUCCUGACUCCUGAUAUGACCGCUAACCUGUCACCCCUCAUUAGUAAGAGGAAAGAGUGUGGAGUUACUGAAAACAACGAUUACCUCUUCGCUGUUCCUUGUAGUCUUGGUCACUACAGAGGGCAGUUUGGUCAAUUUGCAGAUGCUUGUGGAGCCGAAGAUCCUCAAAACCUCAGAUCAACUAACCUUCGCAAACAGAUCGCCACAAUAAGCCAAGUCAUGAACUUGAAAGAUAAUGAACUGGACCAGCUGGCCGAUUUUCUCGGCCAUGACAUUAGGGUGCAUAUAGAGUACUAUCGACUGCCCCAAUCAACAAUUCAGCUGGCUAAGAUCUCAAAACUGCUUAUGGCUAUGGAGAAGGGAAGUGUGAAGGAUAUUCAAGGAAAAUCUCUUGAUGGAAUCGGUGAUGACACAGAAGAUAUGGAUACAGGAUCACAGCAACUCCCCGAUGUUUCCACUCUGCAAGACAAUGAAGAAAUAUUGGCUUCUGGCACUUUUGGAUCGCCUCACCUCUCCGAGACCGCAGCUCAAGACAAUGAAGUAAUGUUGGCUGCUGGAACUUGUGGAUCGCCUCACCUCUCUGAGACCGCAGCUCAAGAUGACCUGUGGAACUCUGUCUGUGUGACUUCUAGUUCACCUCAUCUCCCUGACUCAGUCACUCAAGGUUUCCGUGUUUCAUCAAGACUGUGUGUGAAGAGACCAUGGUCCAAGGAGGAGAUACAAGCUGUGAUGAAACAUAUGAGGCCUUUUAUUGAAAACGGUGUCACUCACCAGUGAGCAGUGCCUGAAGUGCAAGGAAAAGGAACACCCUGUGUUGGAGACAAGAUCCAUUCAAAACAUUCGAUAUUUUGUACGCAACAGAGGCUUGACUUUUAAAAGGCAUUCAAAGGCUAAACACUAAAUGCACUUUUGGCUAGCCUGAGACUUGGGUCUAAUAUUUUAUAAGUUUAUGUCUUGUUCUCAGAAAUUUAGGUCACUUAAUUUAUAUUGCUCCCAGGCAGAUGUUUGUUUGUUUGUUUGUUUUGCUUUGUGGUUAGCCUGGACCUUUUAAUGUAAGGAUUCAUUUUAUUUUGCUUUAUUUAUUUCUACAAUGCUGUCCUUUGCUAAGGAACAGAAUCUUGAGGUGACCAAAUACAGUUCAGUGAUACAGCAAAUAUUGUGUGGUGUGUUAAUAAUGACAAACCUACAAAAAAAGGCUCUCUUCUCAGGUUAUGUGUGAUUCUGUGCAAUGGGCAAUGGCAGACUCUGGACACGCCAGUUGCAGUGGGGAUGUGAAGCAUGAUUGCAGGUUGGCAGUUGGUUCAGGACAUGGAAACCUCCAUAAUACUAGUGAGGAAGGAUACAAAGAUAAGUGCUGGUGGGGUUGUGUAGCUUGACCGUAUUUGAUUGGAGGUGCUGAUGUUUUCUAGAUGAAGAAGUGUAGAAUGGCGUGAUUGUGCACCUUAUGUACAUUAUCUGCAAAUUAUAUCCCGAUGUGAUGAGUUAUUUACACUUACUGUAGUUCAGCUUAUGUGCCAAAUUGUAAUGUACAACUGUAGGUCAACAAAGAAAACAAAAUUACCUCUUAAUAUAUAUUCAAUAUUAUUAUAAUGGUGUGCCUUAGUCACUUUGGCCUAGUAAUCCAUGUGUCCUCUCAAAGCAGGUUAUACUCGGUGUAUGUGUGUGACCUGGCCUUACAGACCUUGUGUCCUUUCAAAGCAGGUUAUACUCAGUGUAUGUGUAUGAUGACAUCACUGACCUUGUACACCACACUGUCCUUAUAGACCCUGUUUUAGAAAAGUCUUUACAAACCACUAAAAAGUCUGAAAAACGGCUUUUUUUUAUAUCUCAGGUUUGGCAAGGAAAUCUUUUAAUUUUAAACGUUGUAUAGGUUCCCUGAUUUUUUUCAUGACGUUUGAUAUGUGUUUUGUAGCUCUAGCACCACGGGAACCCUGUGUCCCUGUAUCCCUGUGUUAAGUCUGAUUUACGAAAAUUUUCGUAAAUUGUC